AUGUCAAAUUAUUACAAACUUCAGCUUCACAAUGUCAAGCUAUUACAAACUUCAUCUUCACAAUGUCAAGCUAUUUCAAACUUCAAACUAUUACAAAAUGUCAAGCUAUUACAAACACCAUUUUCACAAUGUCAAGCCAUUACAAACACCAUCUGCACAAUGUCAAGCUAUUACAAUCUUCAUCCUCACAAUGUCAAGCUAUUACAAACUUCAUCUUCACAAUGUCAAGCUAUUAAAAACUACAUCUUCACAGUGUCAAGCUAUUACAAACACCACCUUCACAGUGUCAAGCUAUUACAAACACCACCUUCACAGUGUCAAGCUAUUACAAACACCACCUUCACAUUGUCAAGCUAUUACAAACACCAUCUUCACAAUGUCAAGCUAUUACAAAUACCAUCUCCACAAUGUCAAGCUAUUACAAACACCAUCUCCACAAUGUCAAGCUAUUACAAAUACCAUCUCCACAAUGUCAAGCUAUUACAAACACCACCUUCACAGUGUCAGGCUAUUACAAAUACCAUCUCCACAAUGUCAAGCUAUCACAAACACCAUCUUCACAGUGUCAAGCUAUCACAAACACCAUCUCCACAAUGUCAAGCUAUCACAAAUACCAUCUUCACAGUGUCAAGCUAUUACAAACACCAUCUUCACAAUGUCAAGCUAUUACACACACCAUCUUCACAAUGUCAAGCUAUUACAAACACCAUCUCCACAAUGUCAAGCUAUUACAAACACCAUCUCCACAAUGUCAAGCUAUUACAAAUACCAUCUCCACAAUGUCAAGCUAUUACAAACACCAUCUCCACAAUGUCAAGCUAUUACAAAUACCAUCUCCACAAUGUCAAGCUAUUACAAACACCAUCUUCACAGUGUCAAGCUAUUACAAACACCACCUUCACAGUGUCAAGAUAUUACAAACACCAUCUCCACAAUGUCAAGCUAUCACAAAUACCAUCUUCACAAUGUCAAGCUAUUACAAACACCAUCUUCACAGUGUCAAGCUAUUACAAACACCACAUUCACAGUGUCAAGCUAUUACAAAUACCAUCUCCACAAUGUCAAGCUAUUACAAACACCAUCUCCACAAUGUCAAGCUAUUACAAACACCAUCUCCACAAUGUCAGGCUAUUACAAAUACCAUCUGCACAAUGUCAAGCUAUUACAAAUACCAUCUCCACAAUGUCAAGCUAUUACAAAUACCAUCUUCACAAUGUCAAGCUAUUACAAACACCAUCUCCACAAUGUCAAGCUAUUACACACACCAUCUCCAUAAUGUCAAGCUAUUACAAACUUCAUCUUCACAAUGUCAAGCUAUUACAAGUACCACCUCCACAAUGUCAAACUAUUACAAAUACCAUCUCCACAAUGUCAAGCUAUUACAAACACCAUCUUCACAGUGUCAAGCUAUUACAAACACCACCUUCACAGUGUCAAGCUAUUACAAAUACCAUCUCCACAAUGUCAAGCUAUUACAAACACCAUCUACAUAAUGUUAUUUCGUACCCAUACAAAUGUCAAGUAAAGAUGUACCACGUCUAA